GGACGGAGUCAGUUUUGCCCCUUCUGUCCGUAAGGCAGGUCGAAAGGGGGAGAAAAAGAGUGUAGUUAAAUAGUUUAGUGUUCCUACCGGCUGAAAUUUGCACAUAUAGUUUGUGUUACAUAGAAAGGAUGAACUAGUUUAACUAGUAAUAAUACUUUAGUAGUAGUAGUAGUAGAUAGUCAAAAAGAAGGGUGUGAUCCAUUUUUAGGGGUGGGGGGUGGACAAAGAAAAAGAUAUAGAACAAGGAGGGAGGAACCAUAGGGAAAAACCAUAGGGAAAAUAUCCUUAGGGGAUAUAUAUGUAUAUUUGAAGUGAAGACAAACAGGGAGUUAAGGAAAGAAGAGUUUUUUGAGUUAUCAUCAAAAUGGGUACAACAAGUGCUUACACUGAUUCGGAAUGUAUCAGAGAUAAGACCAGUGAUACUUCGAUCGAGGCCUUCUUUGCAGAUUCAGUAAUAUUCGUAACCGGUGCAACUGGUUUUGUCGGAAAAGCUCUCAUAGAAAAACUUUUACGAUCGUGUUCACGAUUAAGCAAGAUCUAUUUACUGAUUCGCCCAAAAAAGGAUCAAAUAGUUAAAGAAAGAUUUAAGAUGCUUAUGAAUAAUUCGAUUUUCGAUAAAAUUCGUUGCGAAAAUCCCGAUUUAAUAAACAAAGUUUAUCCGAUAAAAGGUGAUGUGAGCGAAAAAGACUUGGGUUUGAGUCACGAAGACAAAAUGAAAUUAACUCAAACCGUAAAUAUAGUUUUUCACUGUGCAGCUACUGUGCGUUUUACCGAACCACUCAAAUUAGCCGUUAAAUUGAAUAUUAGAGCAACGGAUAGGAUUUUAGAUUUAUGUAAAUCUAUAACACGUCUUAAAAGCUUUGUCCAUGUUAGUACAGCUUACAGUAACGCUGAUAAACACGAAGUAAAAGAACUCGUUUAUAAAACAAAAAUAACACCACAAGUCAUCAUGGAUAUGUGUGAAAAUCUUGAUGAUGAUACAUUAACGUUAUUAGAAACAAAAUUACUUGAAAAACAUCCAAAUACUUAUACAUUAACAAAAGGUAUUGCUGAAGAGCUCGUAUCGAAAAAAGGAAUUGAUUUACCAACUAUAAUAGUUAGACCUAGUAUAAUUUGUGCUGCUUAUAAGGAACCACUUCCAGGAUGGGUAGAUAAUUUAUAUGGUAUUACAGGUAUUAUAACUGAAAUUGGUAGAGGUACCAUUAGGAGUAUAUACGGGGAUAGAAAAUUGAAAAUUGAUGUUGUACCAGUUGAUUAUGUUGUUGAUACAUUGAUAUGUGCAGCUUGGCAUGGUACAGUACAUCGUAAUGGUUCUAUUCAAGUUUACAAUUGUACAAGUAGCACUAGCAAUCCUAUCAGUUGGGGAGAUUUUGCUAAACACAUAAGAAAACAUGUUAUAGAAUUUCCAUCGAAAUACGUUAUGUGGUAUCCUAACGUUGCAAUUAGAACCAACAAAUUAAUUCACAAAAUAAUAGUCGUUAUAUUACACUUUGUACCUGCAUUCUUAUUGGAUAUGUUGUUAAUAUGUCAGGGUAGUAAACCGAUGAUGUUAAACCUGUCGAAACGUAUCGAUCGAGCUGCAAAAGUUGGAUCAUUUUUUGCCUUACACGAAUGGAAUUUUGCUUUAGACAAUAUGAUGGAUUUGAUUAAACAUGUUAAAACUAUGAACGAUUGUAAUCAUUUUCGUGUUGACUUUAAAGACAUCGAUUGGGAUGCGUAUACGCGUCAAUAUACUUUGGGUAUUAGAACAUACAUUUUAAAAGAUGAUCCUGAUUCCUUGAAAAAAGCACGAAGUCGACUUUCCAAGUUGUAUUGGCUACGUAAAUUAAUUCAAGUAAUGAGCAUCUUAUUUUUGUACAAAUUUUUAAAAUACGUUGGCUAGGGAAUAUUCUUUUUUGCUCAAAAAGCAAACGAAAAAUUGAUUAAACGUCAUUAGGAAGAAUUAUAUUGUGGCCAAUAAAAUCAAUUAUAAUUUCAUAAAUAUUUGGUUUUUUUUUUCUAUAGAUAGAAAAAUCACCA